AUGGCCAAGCGUACCACCCAUAAACCUCAGAUAAAUCUGCAAUCAGGCAGUGUGACGGCGGUGAAGCCAACUGUGUUCAAAGAGCCCAACGAAAAAAUCGCUCCUUUGGGAUACGCAUCCUCGGUUUUGAACGGUAACACCGUCGAAGGAGGACUUCGGUCUUUGACAUAUAAAUCCAUUUUCGCCUCGCAGCUUGUUGACAAUUUGUCAGCUGUGAAAGCUUGUAUAACAGGAGAGGGCGAAGAGCUUCUGCGAAUCUCCGAGAAGGACUGGAUUACCAAGGAGAAGAUAGAGCAGCUUCGCAAAGAAGUAGCAGAGUUUAAAAACAGGAAAGAUACAAGGAACCACGACAACGACGAGAAGAUCUCUCUGUUCAAUCUCAGGCUAGAUGACGAACUUAAUGCGAAGAAAGAGGUAAGCUCGCAUUACAGUGACGAGUUGAAGCAGUACUACACGGUGUUAUAUCCCGAUAUGAAUAUCAGCUUCAACAACGAGGAGCUGAUGGAGGAUGUCCCUGGUUUUGAUGGUUCAAUCUAUGUCGCUAAAGCAGAGCAAAGGAAAAGGGAAGAGGAAGAGGAGCGCAGAAAGCAACAACAACAACAACAACAACAACAACAACAGCAGCAGCAGCAGACGGAAAGCGAUGCAGCGAUGGACGUGGAGUCGAAUGAACCGCUUGAUGACUUUACGGAGGCUUACGUUGACGACCCUCUUCCGGACCUCUCUAAUCCCUUGGGUAAUGAUCUACCAGCAGAAGUGAAUAUUGACUUGCCGCUAGAUUCAAACACAGGGUUCAACAACAUUCCUAUGGGCAUGAAUGCUUCAGCAGGGAGUCCCGACUACGCUGGUCAAGAUGUCAACUAUGAUCAGAACCAAGGAUACGGUACAAAUACAGAGUUCAACACUACCGACCAUAACUUUCCUAGUUACUAA